CGCAAACGUUUGCUGUGGUAAAACUCCCACGGUCCUUGUGGGAUAAAGCCAAAAAAGAAAAGAGGACAAAAAAAGAGGAGUUGGAGCAAUUCACCUGGUCCAUCAUGAAUAGUUGAGGAUAGACUCCAAGGCGACACUACUCUCAGCUCUCGGUGCUUCGUCUUCAUUUUUGGGGGGGAACUAUCCCAUCGCUCCGCCUGUGUGCUUUGGCGUGUGGCGUGGACGUCAGCGGCAACAUGUCUGCCUUGGCGGAGACCCCCCUUAACUGGAUACUGUUGGUCCUUCUCAUAGUGCUUCAAGCGGGCGCUUGCGGGGGGGCGUGCGUGGAGGUGGACUCAGACACGGAGGCGGUGGCCAACCGAGGAUUCAAGCUGGGCUGCAUCUCGUGUAAGAGGAGGGGCGAGGUCAAGGCCACGGCCAGCGUCACUUGGCUCUUCAAGGCCCGCGACGACGUCCACUUCUCACAUCUGUACAGCUACGAGGACGAGCACGGCUGGAUUGCGGACCAGCGCUUUGAGUCGCGCGUGCAGUGGCGUGGCAGCAGACACACGUUGGAUCUCCAGGAUGGCUCCAUCUACAUCGCCAACGUCACCUUCAACGACACGGGCGCCUACAAGUGCGUCUUCAGCCGUGUGCUCGCCUACAACGACUACACCUUCCACACCAACAGAAGCAAGAUCAUUAACGUCCGAGUGGUGCCUGCGAUGACGCGAGGGAUGGCAUCCAUUUUGUCCGAGGUGAUGAUGUACGUGUCCAUCAUCGGUCUGCAGUUGUGGCUUCUGGUGGAGAUGAUCUACUGCUACAGGAAGAUCUCGGCCGCUGGGGAGGAAGCCUUGAGGGAGAAUGCGGUGGAGUAUUUAGCAAUAACAUCUGAAAACAAAGACAACUGUGCAGGUGUGCAGGUGGCAGAGUAACGUAGAAAACAUGUGUGAGAAAGUGCUGGCGCAGGGACGGAUUCUCACAUCCAGCUUCGGCGUCACCGUCGCCUCCACAACGCAACGAGAAGUGAGAGUGACGCUCCACUCGAGACACUUUAUGCAAAUCUACAAAAAAAAAAAAGAAAAACAACUCUGUGUGUGUGUGCCAGCGUUUAAGGGCUCUUGAUCAAUAAACACCUCCUUCUAGGAAUGUGGCGCAAGCAAAAAAAUAUAAAUAUAUACUGGAUAUAACAUUUAACGUAAUGGCAGGCAAAAAUGGAUGCCUGCUAAUAAAGUAUAUAUAUGCCUUGUAACAUUUUCUCUGAAAAUUUAACGUUUGAACUAAAAAUUUUCAACCGGUCCUGUUUUCUUGAUUUAAAAUGGACUUCAUUUACUUUGACUUUUCAGUUGUGUGAGAAGCUCUAAAACAAAAUAUAUAAUAUAGAGAGUAUAACAUUGAGCACUUCAUAAAAAGACAUUUUAUUUUAUUUUUUACUAAUUUAUCGAUUUAAAAUUAAAUUAUAUAAAAAAACAUUACUCCUAAUGUACAGUUACAAUUUCAAUAUAUGUCCUGACAUGUUUAUCAAAUUUUACUUUACAUCUUGAAAAAAUAUAUCAAUUUUUACAACUCACCACGGUUUGAAAGCUGCUAACAAAUUAAUUUUUCAUAUGGUACUUCCUGAAGUGUAUCCAAAAAAUUAAGAAAUAUAUUUUUGAAAAUUUGUAUAUUGAUAAAAAAUAUGUCUAUUUUUUGGAGGCGGGGAAGGGGACUAAAAAACGUAAAAGGGACUCAUGACCUGCAUGCAGACGACUGAAAAGCAUGUCCAAUGUCAGUGUGCUUCAACAAAGGAAAAUAUGAAUAGGCUUGUUACAAGUUUCUCCAUAUUGGAGCAUGUAAUAUAAUGGUGGCCACGAGAGGGUAGCAAAUCACCUUCAUGAGAUGGCAAAAAGAAAAACUCGGGGAAGAAAACGAAACACGACUGCCAAGAGGAAAGAGCCUCAUCGUAAUUCUGAUUAAACAAUAGUAAAGGUGAAAUAACAGUGUCUCAUAUGCAAAUAUAAUAUACUGUGGCACACUGACUUGAAAGUUUAAUUGGCCCAAGCUCGUAACGCAAAUACAUUUUCACCUCUCGAAAUGAAUGGGAAUGCCAUCAAAACACACCACUAUUUUGUCAAGUGCUUUUUGUAAAGAACCCUAAUAACACUGCAUUGGAUAAAGAAAA